AUGUCAUCCGAUAAAAUCACCCUAUACGAAUUCGCCGGAUCAUGUUGGGCAAAUGUACCUAAAAUCGCUUUGGCUGAGACUGGUUUAAAGGAUGUCGAAUCCGUAUCCAUCAACCUUGCUGAAGGAAAGAACUUUGAGCCGGAAUAUCUCAAAAUCAACCCCGCUGGUACAGUACCAACCUUGAUUGUCAAAGGAGAGAAAUACCAAGAUUCAGUCUCUGUCGUCAGCCAAAUCAUCAAAAUUGCUCCUCACCCACCUAAGGCUGAUGCUCACACCAGCACCAGUAUCAUCGAAGAGAUCCACGCUGCAGCUCAUGAUCCCAACGCAACUCUCCUCUUUGCUAUCGAUGAUGAUGAUAGAAAAGCUAAAGCAAAUGGACUUCCUAAAGGUUUCUUGGAAGGCAGACAAAAGGCUUUAGACAAACUCGCUGAAAACCCUCCCGCUGAAUUCAAAGAUUUUCUUCUUAAGAAAAAAGCGGAUAACCAACAAUUAUUGAACUUUUACAUUAGCGAACCUGACGAUGCGACCAAGCAAGCUCACUACUCUCAAGGAAAGAACCUUUGGAAAUCAGUCGGCAUUGCUCUCAGAGGAGUGAUCACUCAAGCUUUACAGAAGAAUGGCGGACCUUAUGCAGGCGGUGAAGAGCCUUCGGAAGUCGAUUACCACAUCAUCACUUGGCUCGCUAGAACAAUCACAAACACGGGUGUAGAACCUGGUUCAUCAGCUGAAGUUGCCAUUCCUAAAUUACAAGAAUACACUGGUGGCCACAAUAUCGAUCCUAUCGUUGGUAAAUACUGGGACGCUUGGAUUGCUAGAUCUAGUUUCAAGGAUAACAGUAUUCAUUAA